AUUAACUUGAAUCGAAAAGCAUACAGCAAUAAUAUUACGCCAUCCCGAGUAUUUCUUGACGAUUUGAUAAAGCACAAUGAGUAAACGUAAAAAGUCUAAUAUUGUCAUGAGUCCUACUUGGAUUCCCGAGUCGCGCAGUUUUUUUAAUGAUGUGAUAACGGAUACUUUGCAUUAUCUGCGCAUUAAUUCAACGGUUAAUCUAAGCGCAAAUGAGGAAAAGGCGAUGUGUAAACUGGAGACGAAGUGGAGGGAGAAGUACAACGCCAAUGAGCGUAUGCCGGAGUCAACUCCGCUUCCACUAGAGUUACCCAAGACAGCGCCUCGUAAGCGAAUCCGUCCUGCCGCAAAGCGCGCAAUAAAAGCCAAACGGAAUGCAAAGCCUGUUGAUCCUCAGAAUCUGAAGGACAACGAUAAAGUUGUGUACCGCAUUUGCAUUCCGCCAAUGAAGCCGCAGUGGCACUGCCGCAGCUUUGAUCUCAAAAUUCCGGCGUAUGUUUGCAAAAACAAUUUGAUCCAGCCGCUAAUUACAUGGCAGCUGCUGGACCGCAUUAUGGAGCUGCCGUCGGAGGAGGGCACGGCCGAGUUUCAGACGUAUGUUAAUAACAUGCUGCAAUUACAAUGAGUUAAUUAUGCUGGACUUACAUAAUUUGUUACCUACCUAGUUAUACUUUAGUGUACAUUAUUAUAAGAUUACAACAGUCAAAUGCAAUAACAUUUAU